UGCUUAUGGUUGCAAAAUUGACAAAAUAAGUUACAAUACAGAGCUGCAGGAGAAAAUAAAGGCAGAGGAAAAGGAUUGCGUGUUCCAUGGCUUAUGAGACAGGAGCAGGAAUUACUGACUCCGCAGGUGAUCCAGAGACAGGCAAAGAAGUGGAAGAUCUAACAAAAAGCUUGGAGGAACUCAGUGAGAGCUCUAAGGAGCAGAGUGAGGAGGUGCUGCUGCUUUCACACCUAGAACAGUAUCAUCAUCUUGUCUCUAUACUGAAGAAGAAAGUGGAUGACACACAUAAACACUGCAGAGACCUGGAGCAGCUCAACAUGGAGCUGGAGAGACUGAGGGGAGAGGAUGCUGUGAAAAUUAAAACCCAGACCCAGCGUAUUCAGUAUUUGGAGGGGUGCUUCAUGGAUCAGUUCAAAAACCAUGAAAAGAUGAUACAGUUCAAAAAUGAACACAAAAACCAGCACAUGCAGCUGUGGGAGGAGAGCAAGUGCCUACGGCAGGACAGGGAAGCACUCUUCAGCCAGGCUGUGAGGGAGAAGGAAGCUAAAGUGCUCUGGCUGGCAGCCCAGGCCAGGAAGCUCUCACAGCAGUUAUCCUCCUUGCAGGAGAAAUAUGUUUAUGAGAGUCACAGAGCCCAGGAGCGAGAGAAGGAGCUGCUGGAAGCUCAGAGCCAACAAGCAGAUGCCUAUGCCCAGGAAGUGGCUUCACUGAAGAAGCAGCUGCAGCUCCUACAGGAGAGGCACCAACAAGCUGCUGCAAGGGCCAAGCUGGCAGAGACUCAGCAGAGGGCUCUAGGCAGUGAGCUGCAGGCCAAGCUGGAAAGGGCACAUGAAGAGAAAGAGCAACUACUGAACCUGGCCAUGGAGAGGAGCAAAGCUCUGCAAGAUAAGGAGUGGGAGAUUCAGAAGCUGGAGGAGAAGCUAGAGACCAUGGAGGAAGCCAUGCAGAGAGCAGGAAGGUGCCUCAAAAAAGAGGCAGCAGCAGUAGAUCUGAAGGUUCAAGAGUUCCAAGGACAGCUAGUAUGCAGCAAGCAGGUGUACAAUGAACUCCUGCUGCAGUUCGAUACUUACAGAAAACACAGUAUGGAUUUGCUGACUAAAGAGAGAGCUCUGAAUGUCACACUCCAUCACUUUGUUGCAUAACUGCAGUUUUUUCUCUGUUCUCUUCUCAACAGGUGCCUCUGUGGUAACGCACCCCUGAAUUUUGUUCCUCUCCAUGGGACCAUCCUCUGGUUUCUUUAUACCGUCCGCACCAGCUAAAACCCUCCUCCAGUGACAGUUCUGUAGCCUUUUUGUCAUUAUGCCUUUAUGAAAGUAAAUCACUACACUCUUAAA